AUGUUUAAGCAAUCACUCAGACAAAGUUACAGAAGCGGCGCCGGUGCCGUCUUGACAGCCUCUAGGCAAUACUCCAACUUGCCAUUGACUGUGCCUGUCAAGUUGCCAAACGGCACUUCUUAUGAGCAACCCACUGGUUUGUUCAUCAACAACGAAUUCGUUCACCCAGUCCAGAAGAAAACCUUCGAGGUCAUCUCCCCUGCCACCGAAGAGGAAGUCACUCACGUGUACGAGGCUAGGGAGGAGGACGUUGACAAUGCUGUCAAGGCUGCUCAGGAUGCUUUCAACGGCGGCUGGUCCGGUUCCGACCCUUCCGUCAGAGCCACCGCUUUAAACAAGAUGGCCGAUUUGAUCGACCAAAAUGCCGAGACUUUGGCCCACAUUGAGGCUUUGGACAACGGUAAGUCUCUUAUGAACGCCAGGGGCGACAUUGCUCUCUGUGCUGGAAUCUUCAGAUCCACCGCUGGUUACGCUGACAAGAUCUUGGGCUCUGUCAUUGAGACCGGUGACUCCCACUUCAGCUACACCAGAAGAGAGCCCCUCGGUGUGUGUGGUCAGAUCAUUCCAUGGAACUUCCCAUUGUUGAUGUUCACAUGGAAGGUUGCCCCAGCCCUUGUCACUAACAACACAAUUGUCUUGAAAACUUCUGAAACUACCCCAUUGUCUGCCUUGUUCUUCUGUAAGUUGCUUCAGGAGAACAACGUCCUCCCACCUGGUGUCUUGAACGUCGUCAACGGUUUCGGUAAGAUCACCGGUAACGCCAUCACUGACCACCCUGUUAUCAGAAAGGUUGCUUUCACUGGUUCCACUGCUACUGGUAAGGCCAUCAUGACCAAGUGUGCUAACACUUUGAAGAAGGUUACUUUGGAAUUGGGUGGUAAGUCUCCUCACAUUGUCUUCAACGAUGCUAACGUUGAAAACGCCAUUAAGAACGUCAUUGCUGGUAUUUUCUACAACUCUGGUGAGGUCUGCUGUGCUGGUUCCCGUUUGUACAUCCAAGAGGGUAUCUACGAUGAGUUUGUUUCCAAGUUUGUUGCUGCUGCUGAGGCUGUCAAGGUCGGUGACCCAUUCGCCGAGGACACCUUGCAGGGUGCUCAAAACUCUUGGAACCAAUUGGACAAGAUCUUGAAGUACAUUGAAGCUGGUAAGGCUGAGGGUGCCAAGUUGUUGUCUGGUGGUGAGAGAUCUGAGGGUAAGGGCUUCUUCAUCAAGCCAACUAUCUUUGGUGACGUCACUGAGAAGAUGAAGAUUGUCACUGAGGAGAUCUUCGGUCCUGUCAUUACUGUUCACAAGUUCAAGACUGUGGACGAGGUUGUUAAGUUGGCUAACGACACCGAGUACGGUUUGGCUGCUGGUAUUCAGUCUGAGAACGUGCACGUGUGCCACGAUGUUGCCAGAAGACUUAAGGCUGGUACUGUCUGGGUCAACACCUACAACGACUUCCACCCAAUGGUUCCAUUCGGUGGCUACGGUGCUUCCGGUAUGGGCAGAGAGAUGGGUAAGGAAGUCUUGGACAACUACACCCAGACCAAGGCCGUCAGAAUGAAGAUUCUUGCUUAA